UGCCAAGCAAGUUACCAUGCAUGCAGUGCAAUCCAUCGUGGGGAGCUGUCUGCACCAGCUUUCACCAAGCGCAGCAGGGUCUUACUAUGUAGUUCAAGUUGGCCCUACCAUUGCUGUGAAGCCCAAGCUGACUUUGAACUCAGUGACCCUCCUGCCUCAGCCUCCAGACUGCUAGGAUUUCAGGCAUGCACCACAUGCCUAGCUCAGAUGAGUAAUUUUAAAUUUAACUUAUUAAUUAAAGCAGGUGAUCCUCCUAGGCGCUUGAAGCCUCAGAUGCUGACCACCAUUUAUGCAUACAUACCUAUGCACACAUACCUGCAGACAAGUUUAAUUUAUAAAUUAGGUACAGAGAUUAACAAUGAUAACUAAUAAGAUAAAACUAACAAAACAGUUAUAACAAUAUACUGUAAUUAAAGUUACUUAAAACUUUUUAUUUAUUUAUUUAUUUAUCUGGAAUUUUCCACUUAAUAUUUUUGGACAUGGUUGACCACAGGUAAGUGAAACUGUAGAAAACAGAAACCAGAGUAAAAAGAGGGCUCCUGUAGUCCUGAAAUUAUCAUAGGUAGAGAUUUAUAAAUUGAACCAAGGGCUCUGUUCAUUGGUUCAGGUAACCUUGCCUUGCUUCCCAGGGUAAGGUGAGUAGUUAACACCUACUGCAGUUUGGGUACAGUGCCCCAGAAGUGCUUGUCAUCCAGAAGGUGGGUUUCUCAGAAGGACCAAGAGAGCCUUUCUCCCGCCCCAAGUCAGGUUUGAGGAUGUAAGCACCUUGGUUAUGGAGUACCCUGCAGGGGGGGCGUGGUUCAGCCCCAAGUGGGAGCAGUGGGUUUCCCCAGGCAGUAUUGAUCCCUUCUGUCUGAAUGAAUGAUUGUCACUGCAUUUUUAUACAUUCUGAGAAGUCUUUUUCAUUUUCUGGAUUGCAUGAUGCAGGCAUUGUUUGUUGGGAUAUAUCUUGAGUUUGCCCACAAUUGCCAGCAGGAGGUUCCUUAUAGCAGAGUUAGCCAGCAAAAUCGAGGGCUGUUGAGUAAAUGAAAUCAUACAUGGACAGGUGGCUUUUUGGCCUUAAGUGUCACUGCUUCUUCAGGGACAGAGGUUAAACAGUCAAACUGGUGUGAUGUUUUCUAUUUCUGCCCUCAGUUGGAUGGUGAGUGGUCUAAAAGGUUACUGAAGGAAGGAGGAGAAAAGCCUAGGAAAGACAGGGCUUUUGUAAUCAGCCUAAGUACCAAGAUCUGGUCUCUGAUACUAGUCUUGUCACAAGCCACGGUCUCAGGUCUUGUCCAGUUAGGUCAUGAACUGCAGGUGAGGCUCGUGCCUUCUUGUGGCUGACGGAGCUUCUGGUUUCUUAGAUAUUUCAGAAUUCAUAUGUGGGGUUGAUUGAAGUGACUUCACCUCCGAAGAGGUGACAAGCACAGAGGGCAGCUAGAGGACAGCGUGAGAUGCUGACACGUUGUCUGUACUGUCUUAUGUGUUGUGUAAAUUCUACAUCAGCUUCACCUUGGAAACCAGAGGCCACUGUGGAGAAUUCUAGGGAGACAACAGUGGCAACAUGCUUUUGGUAGUGUGUGCAGUGGCAGUCAGGGUGGCCUCCCUCCAUCUGUUCUUCCCUUGAUGUGCUGGAAGUCUGAGGGUCGAUUCAGAGCAGGCUCUUUCCCUCUACCCAGGACACACAGAGGUGAUUGCAGUUCUUGCUUCCCCCGCUCCUGUAUCCAGGGAGGAGUGAGAAAGUGAUCCUUGGCCAGGGCUCUGCAGGGUCCCAGGCUCAGCCCUCUAGUUAAGAGCUCACUGGUGAUGAGGUAGAGGAGGAAGCCUGAGGCUUCCCGUGCAUAUGGCCGCCCGUGUGUGGGUUCUGCAGGGGUGGCAGAGGCCCAGGCUGAGAAGGUGUCCUGUUGUUUCAGGAGGUUCAAGGACAUGGCAACAGGCUUCUCUUCUGGGCUUACUGGUGCUGGUGAAGCUCUUAGCAAAAUUGGUUGGGUUUUUACUGGCUGAGCUGCAUUUGCUCAUGUAUUCCUUUAAUCUCCUUGAAUUUCAACACAUACAGAUGACAGAUAUUUAGAUGUUGUGGGAUACACGGAUGAACACACCAUGUCCCUAACUAUAGGGAGAGUUACUAAAUUCAUAUGUAAUAUGAAGAUGGAAAAAAGUAGAGUCAGCAGAGAGCAGAAGACCAUGCUGGAGUUUGCAAGUUCAAGAAGAUGGCAUGGGUGCGAACACACCAGCUAUAGGACACUUCUGCAGGCAGGGAGACCAGCUAGAAGGCUGUUACUAUAACCUAAGUGCAAAAUGAAUAUGGCUUGGUGACCAAGAGGCAUUGACUUUCAAAUUCAAACUAUUGCGCCACACUUGAACUGCAUGUUAUUGCUCUUACCAUAGAAGCUGCUGUAUCAAAUGCUUUAGAAGACAGCCCUAGGACCAACUGGAAAAGACCUUGUUCCAAAGUUCAGCCCCACAAAGAGGGUAGUUCCUCAGAUCCUCAACAAAAGGAAACUGUUCUGUGGCACUCACUCAGCCCUCAGGGCUGACUAGGAGAGGAGUUGCUGGGAGGGCCCUGGAGGCACCCAUAAGGAGAGAGGCACACUGAUGACAGCACUGGCCGAAAGUGAAUGUUUUUGUAAUGUUCUGGGACUGCUGGGGCUGUGGACCCAAGACCUCAUGCCAUCACCUGUCUUGCUGGACUGUGCUCCUUUGCAGAGCUAGGUAGACCCCUCUUUCAUAUGGAGGACUCCCAGGACCAUGUUCUCAAGACUGGGCAUCCAUUGUGGCCGUGGCUCCUGCCCAGAGCGCACAGCAGAACAUAGGAUGUGGGCAGGCCAGCUAAGCAGCCUUCCUCCCCUGCUCUCGUGUGUGCUCAAGCCCUUCGGGGUUCUCAUUGUUUUCUGCAGGUACCCCCCGCCCAUUGAUGUCCAGGACUGCUCUUCCCCAUGCUGCUCUUGUCUGGGAAUUGAGUGCCUCUCAAGCCCAAGAGUGCAUGGUGCUGGCUGGUAUGCGUGUUCUGUUCCGAGCACUGGUUCUGUGGUCUGUGCUGGGCUCUUGCACAGAGACUACACAGGAGUGCAUUUUAAAUUUUUAGUGUCCUGUAUUUAACACAGAGCCUCUUGAGCUUUCCUUCUUUUACCGCUUUGGAACCUGGCUCUUACCCUAGAUUCUUGUAUUUAUAUCUCAGGCUCUCCAACUAAAAACUGGUUGUGUGUUUUUAAACAGAUGCAUUCCCUCACAGUGGCAGGAGUGGAGAUAGAAGGGUGUCCUGUGCCCUUGGGGGCCUCUGCUCUGUGUAGCCUCCUGGUAGCCCUGAGGCUCAGGCAGCUAACUGUUUCAGGAGGCAGGGCAUCCUCCCCCAGAAUCCCUUCUCUAAGUUGCCUUCACUUUUCCUGGUGAAUGCUAAGGGUAUUUCAGGUGUGCACAGGGACCCAUCUGAGCCCACUCAGAACUAUUCCCUAAAGGGAUGCGAUUGUUGACAAGUUACUGCUGGACACCCAAGCCUUCUCCCACAGUAGGGUAGCAGGACCUUUUAGCUUAAUUUCAGGUUUUCUGUAGACAUAGCUGAUCACAGUUUCCUUAGAGGAUCUGGGAAUUGGGAAUAAGACCCAUUUCUCUGGGUGCCUGUGAAGGUUCCCUGUUCCUGUUUGCUAUUUGAGAGAGUUCCUGUUUGACCUACUAUCUUGGAUUCAGAAGAACUUACUUCAUUUUAAAUCCCAAGUACAGCCGUGGUCGCCAAAGAAAUUGAGCCCCUUUAGUUUUUAAUUUUUGUAGAAUUUACCACACUAACAUUCUGUAAUACAGAUCAUUUCUCUUUGUCUCACAUGUUGUGUUAUAUGUAAUUAUUACAUAGUAUGUGUACUACUUGUACCAAACACUCAGCAUUUAUGUACCUUCAGCCAUCUCCAGCCCAGUUUCUCCUGUGCUGCAGACUGAUCUGUCUUCACUUAGUCCCGCCAGUGAAAACCGGGUACACAUAUGUCCACAUCUGUGCUCACCGCCACUCCCCUAACAAACUCGCCUUUUCCCCGGUGUUCUUCCUGGGUGAAGGGCCUCACUGUCUCUCCAGGAACUUGCAUAGCAUUUCUCACCGUCCUUCAUCAGAUGACUUUCCAAAGCCUGCGGACUUCACGUCCAGAGGGCUUUUAAGUCUGCUCCUUCUCCUUCCUCACUUAGUUCCUAGCUCCAGUAACACGGGAUCCUUCUCUUGCUCUUGCAGGCCUAGAGCUGUUCCAGGUUUCCUGCUGCUUUUGUGUCUGGGGACCGCACAGUGCCUUGUCACUGGGGCCUUAACCCCAUCCACAGCCUUACUGCUCUCUCCUGAGCGAAGCCCUUUUGCUGUCAGUGCUGUCCUGCAGGGGCUCUGACCCUUACCUGUAACUCUUCAGCACCCGCAGUCAGGAUGAAGUCCGCAUUACUGGCCCUGCCUCCUUGUCUGGCCGCAGGUCUCCCGCACUCCAUCGUGUUCUCUCAUCAGUAUAACAAUCACACGGUCCUAAACCAAACCGCUCCCGUGAGCCUUCUCGUCUCCGUGACUUUGUAGACAUCUGCCACCCUCCAGCCCAGAUUCUGUCCCCGUCCUCCAUCCUUCAGUCCCAUCUUUUCUGAGAAGCAGCUCUCAACCCCUGUCCUGCCCUUCAGCACUGAAGACAGGCCUGUUCUCGGUGACCUUAUGGUGCCUUCUAUGUGUCACAAGAGAUUGACACUAGACAUAUUUUCUGUGUGGCUCUUCCUAUACUGGAAAGACUAAAGGAAUAUAAUUACCAUGUAGAAGAAUUUACUGGUCACAAAAUAUCAAAACUGUUACUAUCUCCCUUUGGAAAAACAUUUUUAAGAGUUUAGGUAAUGAAAUAUUUUGGAAAUUCUUUCUUUUUCCGUCUCUCAGCUUCAAGAUGUAAAGAUCUGAAGGAAAUGUAUUUAAUUAAAACUGCUGGGUCCCACUGUUACUGCUACAGCCAGAAUUCUCAAAUACAGUGGACAUAUAUAUGGUCAACUUUGCAGGUGAACAUCACCAGUCCAGUCCUCUUUAGUAUUGUAUAUAUCACAGAAAGGCAUAAUUGCCAGUAUCCAGAAACAAUCCUAUCUGUUAUUAAGUGUGUAAUUCAUAACUUAUGGACACCGAAGGAGUCUCAUAAAAUAACUAUAGCCAUCAGCCCAUACAAGGACACUGUGUGCUUCGCUGUGAAGCCCAUCAAGAAGACAUAUGUCUAUACAAUAAGUGUGACUCGAAAGAUUGUGGAUUUCAAACUCUUCCUUGUGUUUGUGGCAGGCAUUGUCCUUUACUUUUAUGCAAAGACCUUGAGCCAAAGCCUCAUUUUCUAUUACGCCUCAGGCACUGUGCUAGGUGUUGUGAUGACAUUAGUCUUUGUCCUGCUGUUGGUGAAAAGAUACAUCCCAAAGUAUAGCACCUUUUUGGCUUUAAUGCUUGGUUGUUGGUUUGCUUCAGUUUAUGGUAUAUACCAGUUGAUGGAAGAGCUGAAGUGGCUGUGGUAUGAAAACGGAAAAUAUAUAUUAGGCUACGUCCUGGUAGUUGGAAUUUUAAGCUUUGCUGUCUGUUACAAACAUGGACCCCUUGUUGACGCCAGGAGCAGGGCUCUCCUGAUGUGGACGGUGCGAUUGCUCUCCCUGGUCCUGAUCUACGCUGGCUCUGGGGUGCCUCAGUUCGCCUACACUGUGAUGCUGCUGCUCCUGUGCUCCCCAAGUCUGCACUACCCACUGAGAGCUCUGAGUUAUCUCAAGAGGAGAGUGGAGCAGUGGUUCACCCUGCAGUGGCCGGCGGCUAAACACCUCACGGAGGACGAGUACAGGGAGCAGGCUGAGGUCGAAACAGCCCGUGGUCUGGAGGACCUGCGCCAGGCCUGCCGCCAGCCCGGCUUCCCAACGUGGCUGGCUGUCUCCAGGCUCCAGGAUCCUAAGAAAUUCGCAGACUUUGUUCUUGGAUCAAGCCACUUGUCGCCUAAGGAAAUGAGUCUGCAUGAAGAGCAGUACGGCCUCGGAGGUGCCUUCUUGGAGGAGCAGCUCUUUACCCCGCCCCUCACGGUCUCCCUGCGAGUUGACCUCACUGAGAACCAUGCCCUGGGUGCGGGGCAAGGGCCCUGAUACCCUUGGCAGAGCUGCUCUGGUGGCAGCUGCGGAGAAGCAUAAGCCACGCUGGGAAGGAAGACGGCCUUUUCUGAAGAGGACUUGGUAUUCCUGGCGAGGUGUGCUACCUCCUGUCCCAUAGGUGGGCACCACGCUCUGUGACACUCUCUGCCACUUGCCUCAAUGAAGGCUUUCAUUAGGAACAAGGACAUUACAUUGCUCUUCAAGGGCCCAGUAAGUGACAGGUGCCUUGUCAACACCAGGCGCUAAUCCUCUUAAUCCCCUGAACCUGUAUCAUGAGACUGCGUUACUCUCCCUACAUCUCUUCUGAAUCAGCGCUGGCAGAGACCGGAGUUACGCUGUUUCAGGUUUUGCACAGAGUACUAGCAUGAGCCAGAAAGGGGUUCUGAGGUCAGCUGAGGGCGAUCAAGGUUAAUUGAGUAUGCUGCAGCACUUCUCAGAGGCUUUCUGAUGCUGGUGUACACUGACUCUCCUAAAAGGGAAAAACUGCAUGGUUUCCAACGGACCACAGAACCCUUUUUGAUAAAAUUAAUAUUCCAGGGGACACAUGAUUCGAAAAAGCUACUUGAUGGUAGAACUGCAGUGUGGGGAGGUUAAAAGACUUGUCCAAGAGCGCAGAGCUAACCAGAGGCAGUACUGAUAGAGCUCCAGCCCUCGGGUGUCCCUGACUCAGGGAGAGAGAAGGCCUCCUGAGACCCACACUGAGGGCCAGCCCUACUCGGGUCACAGUGUGGGUUUCCUUUUUACUUUUUGUUUUUAAUUUUUCAACAGUGCCCAUCUGGCUACUUAAUAACUGUGAUAAAGAGAAACGUUUCUUAAGAGUAUAAAGUUUUGAUAGGGCAACCAGAAAUUAUCAUUAU